UGGAGCUGGAGGGGCGCGGACCCGGAGGGACAAACGGAGCGGCGGCUGGAGGUCUGAGCGCAGCCGGAGGGGAAGGGCUGGCCCGGAGCCCUGUCCAGCGGCUUUCUCCGGCGCCUGGGAAGCAGACGAAGUGCCAUGGCCGAGGCGGCUCCUUCGCCGGAGGCUUAGUAAUGGCCUGGGGCUUAAUUCAGUCAUCAUCAUGUCAUCUACAAAGUGGAGCUUCUAGAGGACCACCAUCCACAGGCAAUCCCUCCUCAACCAGGACUCUGUACUGCAUCUCUUCUGUCACAGCAGCAGGUAUCUUUGGUACCCAUGACAUUUGACGAUUUAGCCAUGUAUUUCUCAGAGCAAGAAUGGAGGCAACUUGUUGAGUGGCAGAAAGAGCUUUAUAAGCAAGUGAUGAAAGCCAAUUAUGAGACCCUGAUCUCCCUUGACUAUUCAAUUUCCAAACCAGAUUUGAUAUCUUUAAUUGAACUGGGGGAAGAACCUUUCAUCAGAAAUCUGAAGGAUUCACAGGAAACAAAAACUGCCUUCAGUUCCAAUGACUUAAGCCCUGAAGAACAGCUGUUUGGGGGACAUCACAGAUCUGUGCAUCCAAGAGAAGUGGAAGGCUUUUUAGGUACCCUACAAAUUUGGGGUUCUUGUGAGGCCUUACAAGGCACAAAGGAAGAGGUUUCUGCUAUGUCUGAUCAAGAAGCGUCCUUAAGAAACUCAUGUAGCAAAGACACAUGGCAUCUAAUUCCAAAAGGGCACAGCACCUUGGGAUCGGCUUACUGUGAGAGAAGUCCGGGUCACAAACCCCAGAAUCCCUCUGAUUGCCAGGAAAUAUGGCUCCACCCCUGCUCUGUCUGUGGAAAAAUGUUCUUGUCAGAGACCCAGUGGGUAAAACACCAGAGACUGCAUGGGAAGAUACAGCCACAGAAAUACUCAAAGACUAGAAGGAAAACCAGGAGGCGAUCCAGUCUCCAUUGGCAGCCUAGGCUUUGUUGGGAGCAGAGGUGCUUCCAAUGCAGCGAGUGCAACAAGAGUUUUCGUCUAAAGCAGUAUUUGCUUAGACACUUAAUUGUGCACACAGAGAAGAGGCCCUUCCAGUGCCCCAAGUGUGAAAAGACAUAUCGCCAUAAGAGAAGUCUGAUUAACCACCAACUUAUGCACAAUGGAGAAAGACCAUUCCAUUGUCCCGAGUGCGAUAAGAGCUUCCGCCAGAGAAGCAACAUGAGGGCCCAUCAGCGUUGUCAGCACCGUGGGGAGAGGCCGUUCUCUUGUGGAGAAUGUGGGAAGGGCUUUGCUGAGAAGUCUAAACUCACCAGCCAUAUGAGAGUGCACAGUGGGGAGAAGCCAUUCCAAUGUCCUGAGUGUAACAAGAGCUUCCACAUGAAAGGCGACAUGAAAGCUCACCAGCGUGCACACAGUAGGGACAGGCCAUUCUCUUGCAGUGAGUGUGGCAAGGGCUUCCUAGUAAAGUCUAAGCUUACCAACCACUUCAGAGUACAUACAGGAGAGAAGCCAUUCCAGUGUCUUAAAUGUGAGAAGAGUUUUCGGCUGAAGGGCAUGCUGAAGGUGCACCAGCGAGUGCAUACUGGGGAGAGGCCGUUCUUUUGCAGGAAGUGUGGCAAGGGUUUCACCAAGCAGUGUAAGCUCACAGAACAUAUGAGAGUACACAGUGGGGAAAAACCAUUCCAAUGUCUGGAGUGUGACAGGAGCUUCCGCCAAAAGGGGCAGCUGCUGAGGCACCAGCGCCGACACACAGGGCAGAUGCCUGUUCCAUGUCCUCACUGUGAGAAGACCUUCUGCCUGAAAGGUGACAUGAAGGCUCAUCAGCGUGCACACUGUAGGGAGAGGUCUUUCUCCUGCAGCGAGUGUGACAAGGACUUCGCCCACCAGAGCAAACUCACUGAGCACUUCAGGCUGCAUAGUGGGGAGAAGCCGUUCCAAUGCACCGAAUGUAAUAAGAGCUUUCGUCUCAAGGGCAUCUUGAAGGCCCACCAAUGUAUACACAGAGGAGAAAAGCCAUUCUCUUGUAGUGAGUGUGGCAAGAGCUUUAGCAAGCAAUCAAAGCUCACUGAACACAGGAGAGUGCACAGUGGGGAGAAGCCUUUCUGGUGUCAGGAAUGUGGAAAGAACUUCCGCCUAAAAGGGCAGCUGCUCAGCCACCAGCGCCUACACACAGGGGAAAGACCCUUCCAGUGCCCUGAGUGUGAUAAGAGUUACCGUGUAAAGGCUGAUAUGAAGGCCCACUUGCGCUUACACAGUAGGGAGAGGCCAUUCUCCUGUACUUGUGGUAAAGGCUUCACUAAACAGUCUAAACUCAUUGAACACAUUCGAACACACACAGGGGAGAAGCCCUUCCAAUGCCCUAAAUGUGAUAAGACCUUCCGCCUGAAAGGGCAGCUGCUUAGCCAUCAGGGCCUCCACACAGGGGAGAGACCUUUCCGUUGCCCUGAAUGUGACAAGAAUUUCCGACAAAAGGGACAUCUCCUUAGGCAUCAACGCAUUCACAAGCCUGAGAGGCCAUUCUCUUGUGGAGAGUGUGGCAAGGGCUUCAUUUAUAAAUCUAAACUUGCCACUCACUUCAGAGUACACACCAAGGGUAAGUCCUGUGAUGUCCCAAGUGAAGCUAAUAGUACACGCAAGCAUUUCUACAUAUUUGAAUUAAUAGAGGCUGAUUGGAGUUGAGAGAGAUGUGGCAGAAUUGUGGCCUUCUAAGACUGGGUCUGCAUGAUGGGCAAAAGUCAGGAAGAGGGGCCGGUUCUUAACCAAAAGGCAUAGAUGAGAUGAAAAAGUUUUAGUCUUAUUUUCAAAGGAAUGUGUAGUUCCACAUCACCCUUCUUGUCUCUUUUCUUGUCAUUCUCUUGUUUGAGUUCAACCUCAAAUACUGAAACAACAUUGAAACCAAUGCCUAAAUGGAAAAUAAGAAAAAGGAAGAAAAUAAUUCUCCUGUCUUUCUCAAGGCUGAAGUGAUGGAGUUGGUUACCAUUUGUCUGUUCUGUUUCUUGUAGAGUUUGACCUGCUUUCUGUGCUUAUAAAGUAUAUCUGUUCCGAUCUGCUUCUGCCAUACCCUAACCCUCAAAAUCUCUCCAGUAUCUCCUAUCUUUUCUGUCUUGGCUCUAGUGUCUGAGGAAGAGAUGGCUCUUCUGGUUGGCAAGACUAGCCCAUCUUCUGAUUUUUAUCCCAUCUCAUCUCCUUGAGAAGCUUGCCCCAUUAGUUAUUCAUAGAUUCAUAGAUUUAGAGUUGGAAAGGACCUUAGAAGUCAUCUAGAACAGAGGCAUCAAACUCAUGUAGAAACAGAUUGUCACAUAUUGACUUAGAAAACCACAAAUUAUCUAUGUUGUGUUUUGAUUUUGUCAAACAUUUUCCACUUACAUUUCUAUCUGGUUGCACCUGCAAGUUUGACACCUCUGAGAUAGAACAACUCUAAUUUUUUUUAAUAAAUGAGGAAACUGAGGCCCAGAAAGUGACUUGUCCCAAGGUCUCCCAAGUCGUAAAUGUAAAACUGGAAUUCAGACCCCAAAUAAGGACCACUCACUGCUACAGUUGGAAUAAGAGCUCUUUGUGUUCAAGGAGUUUUAAAAUGAGAGGGAAACAUUACCAGUUUUUUCUGCCCAUUUCACUUCCUACUUUUGGCAACAAAUGCCUCUAUAAAUGAAUGAUUAUGUGAUAACCCAGUGUCUGCGUCAGAUUGUUUAAAAGGAGAAAACCCAUGCACAAAACUUGUGUCCCAAAGAGAUCUAUUAGAGGAUCUUAUAGUUGGCCAGACAUAGGAGUGGUGUACGUUAGUUCUCUAGAUCUGUCCAGUUUGGGGUAACCAAGUAGCAGCUUCCUCAGAAAUGUCUUCCAAGCUUUUCCUUUUGGUGAAGCAAAGUCCCAUUUCUGGUACAUAGAGAUGUUCCUUCUUCAUUGGGGCCUUCAGAGGAACAAGAAGUAUCUAUUACCUCCACUUCCACAUCUAUGCUUUGAUAUCUUUGAGCACGGUAAUUGGGUGAGGGGAUUGAGAAUAUGAGUUUGGAAAAGUUAUCAGUUUAUUCAUAAUUAAAAAGGCAGGUGUGGAGGAUUUUAUCUAUGGUCCCAUGUGGUAUGAGGAUGUUUAGGCCCAGGUGGACACUAAUCUGUGAAGUGAUAAUAAGUGAUAAUUGAGGAAACCCCCUUGGCUAGUUUUAGGUAUGAAAGUAAAAGAAAACAAGAAGCAAUUAAAACUGCAUAGGUAUACAGGAUAAUCAAUUUUAAAUCUUCCCAGACAGAACCAGGAGGAUGGUUUUGGGUUGAUCACUCAAGGGAGUAUCAGUGACCUUAUAGGAGGUGCUUAUGGUUUUCUCCCUUGGAAUUCUAUAUAUGAACACUAACUCAGGCUCUAAAUGGAGAAGUAAAGUAAACUUGUAAUACACAAAGAUCCUAACAAGGGAAGAAAGUUCUUAAUUAUUAAUAUUGCCAUGUAUAAUAUCUAUGUGCAUAGAUAUAGUUUCUUUUUUAAAAGUUUUUUUUAAUCUUCAUAGUUUUCCCCAGUAUUCCUCCUCUUCCCCUCCU